GUGAUCUGAUUCUCUGAAGGAUAAAAUGCAAAGUCCUGGUGAAAGUAGUAGUUCAGACUCAGAUUUGGAGGUACAUGAAACAUGUGAAAAGUAUGCACAUCAUGAAGGUAAAGACGUCGCAGCUGCCUCUGAUUUCUCCAAGAAAACUGAUCUUCAUAAAUCAAGACAGGCGCUCUAUUAUCAACGUAAAACUCAACACAGAGAAAAAAGGAGCUAUAAGCCUUACUCAGAACAACUGAACCCUUCGCGACAGCUGAGACAUUAUCAUAAUACAAAGCAAAGCUCACAAUAUGAAAGUAUUUCCGAAACAAUAAACGUAGAUGCUUCAUCGUCAGGUUAUGAGCAUGAGAAUAUGACAAGCGUCAUUCCUCCUGAUAGUGAAUCGAUUGCCGGGGAAGAACAAAUGUUACCGAGUGAUGAGACUGAUAUAAUUGACUCUGAGACUACAGACAGUUCUAGUUCAGAAAGUUCAAGUGAAGAUUCAUCCAAUGAUGACCUUGAGGACAGCGAAUACACUGGCGAUGUGGAAGAAGAAAACGACCAGCAGUUUACUCUAACUGAAGAUGGCAUCAUUUCACGACUUUUUGCAUGCGUCCUGGUUGUUUCAUUUGUACUAAGACACAACUUGAGCAAAGCCGCAUGGGCUGAUUUAAUUCGACUUUUGUCAGUUUUUACGGGAAAACAGUUCAAAGGAAUAUUCAAAUCAGUCUACAAAAUGAAGCUCUUUCUUAAAGAAUGCUUUGGUACAAAGGACCCUGUUAGAAUAUCAUACUGCUCUCACUGUUUAAGUCAAGUAUUUGACAAACAAUGCCCAAAACUAGAGUGUCAAGGCUACCCUCUUAGCGAAUUUUUAGACUUGAACCUUGAGGAGCGCCUCAAAGAACUUUUUCGAGAUGCAGAAUUUUGCAGACUUCUUAGAAAAGGAAAAGAGAAAAUAAAAGAAACAACAAAAAGAACUAUUUUUGACAUUUACCAUGGUUUGGACUACAAAAAUUUUCUUUAUCCUGGUGGAUUUUUCACCCAGAAAUUUAAUAUUUCUUUUACAAUAAAUACAGAUGGUGUUAAUAAGUAUUCUUCUUCUAGUGCUGGUCACCUUUGGCCUGUUUAUGUAAUGAUCAACGAACUCCCUAAAGAAUACAGAUUCAAGAAAAAGUAUAUAAUUCCAGCCUACAUUUACUGUGAUAAAACUGAGCCGAACAUGACAACAUUCCUUAACCCUUUGAUUGAAAAACUCAAUACUCUACAUUGCAAAGGUCUUAGAGUUCAAGAUAGCUCUGAGGGUGAUAUCAAUGUAAAAUGUUUGCUGUUUGUUGUAUCUACCGAUUUGCCUGCGCGGGCCGAUGUAAUGAAUAUGAAAAGAUUCAAUGGGAAAUGCGGCUGUCAUUUGUGCAAAGAAGAAGGCGUCCCUUAUGGUUAUAAUAACCUCCAUAGAGCAUGGCCUUAUAAAGACGGAAUGCAGCUACGUAGUCAUGAAGACCAGAUGAACUUUGCCGCUGCAGCAAAUCGAGAAAAUAACGCUGUUAUGGGAGUAAAAGGCUACUCAGUUUUUGUAAAGCUCAACUAUAGAUUUGAUGUAGUAAGGUCACAUGCUAUUGACUGGAUGCAUUGCGUGCCUCUGGGAGUAGUCAAGUAUUUGAUGAGCUUAAUGACAUCAAAUAAAUGGAGAGGAAGUCACUUCUACAUCGGGUCAAAACUAACUACACUGUCAAAACAUCUUGUAUCAAUAAGACCACCUGAAAACAUUGGCCGGUUACCACGCACGCUAGGAGAAAUGACACACUGGAAAGCAACUGAACUCAAAAAUUGGCUGCUUCAUUACUCUGUUCCUAUACUUAAAAGCUCAUUAAAUCCAUUAUGCCAUCUUCACUGGUGUCUUCUUGCUGGUGCCAUUGGGAUAUUGUGUUCAGAUACAAUCCCUCAUACUUCUAUAGAAGAAGCGGAACAAAUGUUGCGUGACUUUGUCAUUUUAAUGGAAAUAUUAUAUGGCGAAACUAAGUGCACAAUGAAUGUCCAUUUACUAAAUCACAUGGGGUACUAUGUAUUACGCCGUGGCCCAUUAUGGGCUUAUAGUUGUUUUGCAUUUGAAAGUUUGAAUGCGUUUAUGAAAACAUUUGUUCAUGGUACCCAUCACGCUAUGGAACAGAUCGCAUGUGCACUUGGCCUUUCAUACGGAAUACCCGAAUUUAUCGAGAGAGCUUCUAAAACUAAAAGCGAAGCUCCAGAUCAUGCCUUGUCACUGUUGAGAAAGCUAAAUGGUCAAAUUAAAUCUUCAAGAAAAACGACUAAAAUAGACGGAGGAAACUUUUUAGGCGCAGACAUCAUUGACAGGUCAGAUUAUAUCAAAAUUGAUAACAACUUGAAAACUGACAUAAAAUUCUUCAUGGCACUUCAUCAUAAAAAAACAGAUUACGAGUUGCAGGCAUUUGCAAGAUUUGAAGACAUAAGCAAUCACAAAUAUGAUUCAAUGGCUUAUGGCAAAACGAGGAAAACUGACUCUACAGUGAUUGAAUUUAUAGACAAACAAGGAAACAUGUGCUUUGCCAAAAUAAUUUAUUUUCUGAAGGCGGGAAAGAAUGGAAUCUGUGUUUGUCAUCUACUUGACAUGGCUAAACCGGCACAAAACCCAUUCUCUAUCUCCUCCAAAAAAUGUCUUCAAGCAAUAACUGAACAUAAGAUCGAAAUGAGAGAAAAUCAAAUAGAAAUCGUCAAAGACAUUGUCAAAAGAUAUGACGGCACAUUUGUUGUUAAGCAUCAAAUUUGUGUUCAGCCACGUCUUGGUAAAGUUAUCCUUAUUGACACUCAACAAAUAAUUAGGAAAUGUGUUUUCAUUGACUUUUCAUCUGACUAUUGGGUAGUUUCUAAAUUUCCAAAUAUCAUUGAGCAUAACUAAGACUGAUCAGGCUUUUGUUUUUCGAUAUUAUUAUGUCGCACAAUAUUUUGUAACAAUGUCAUAAUAGAAAGUAACUAUUUUUUUAUUAGCAUCUAUUAAAUCAGUGAAUGCGAAUGUGAAUUUAUCCAUGAUAUACGUUUAUUGACUAAAAGAAGCGAAUAACUUAUAUUUAUACACCAGUCAAACUUCAUAGAGUGACCUAUUCGUUAUUUCUUAUCAUCCUACUGCUCGACCUUGAAUGUGAUCACAUAUGAGUUCAUGAUCAAGGGCGUGAUCACAUUUCAUGCCGUGAUCACACCCGUGAUCACAGAAGUGAUAACAAGGUCACGCUUUUAGGGGUGAUGACAGGCGUGAUCA